AUCCGGUUUGAGCUAGUUUUCCUUCCAAUGGAACAUUAACGGUUUGCCUCGCUGUAAUAGACCGUACUGGUAUAACGUUAAACAGAAUAUACCACUGUAUUUUCUCCUGUAUUUAGUAACAUUUGGCUCUUUUUUCCAUUUUAAAAACACCCCACACAAACCAACCAUGCCUAAAAGGAGUAAAGAUGCUGCUGCCCAAGAUGAGCCAAGGAGAUCGUUGAGGUUGAAAGAAGUCAGUACAAGACCUGCAGCUGCAAAGAUAGAGGCCAAGCCCAAGCCAAAGAAGGGACCUGCUAAGCCUAAGAAAGCUAAAGUGGUGGAGAACGCCAAGCCCGAGGAGAAAGAGGCAGAGGCUCCUGCUGAGAAUGGUGAAGCCAAAGCUGAGGAAGAAGCACCUGCUACAGAAGCAGCCGAAGAGAAAGAUGAGGCAGCAGAAUAACAUCUCUCAAACCACAUCUUCUGUCAGUGCUCCCUGUACCUCUUUUUCUUGUACAAUUCAGGGGAAUAUUUUUAUCAACUAUUUUCUAAAUACAGGUUUUUUAGUAGUUUGAUUGUAGAGAACACAUUUUUUUUAUGAAAGAAAAAAGUACAUUUGGAGACGAGGAAUUCACCACAUCCCACAGUUUUGCAUUGCCAGAACAAUUGCGGUCAUUGUUAAUGUCAGUGGUCUCAUUUUGAGUGUAAGGGACGGGGAGGGUUGUGGGGCAGGUUACUGUGUGAACAUGCGAGGAGUCGGGACUACAGCUGAGAGAGCAGCCUGGGACGAUAACAUUCCAUAUGCUUUAUGAAGGACAAAUUGGGAGGAUUUGUGUAAUCUGUUGGGGUGGGGAUGGACAAACUCACAGGGCAACAUGUUGUUUUAUUGUUUAUAAAUGCAGAAGAACAGUGUUUUAGAAUAUUUGUAAGCUUUGUUCCUAUAUGUUAACUCUUGUACUCAUGCAGUUUUCUUAACCAACCGGAUCAAUAAACCCUAAAAAUUCCUAGUUCUGGAGCUCUCCCUAUCAGGCCUGUGCAUCACGUGUGUUGGUUGUGUCUCUGUUCUGUGAUAGCAUUGCAAUAAAUUUGUAUAGCUGCUGUGAAAAGGGUUUUCAAUCUUUCUAUAUGCAGUGUGUUAAUGGUACAUUGUAAGGAUGGUAAAAAUGGAAUAUGUUUUCUUUCUUAGCCAAGCUAAUGAGUUUAAAAAAAAACAAAAAAAAAAAAACAUUUAAAACAAACUGUUGAUAAUGGCUUCUUUAAUGCCAAGAGACAAACUGUACAUUCACUUGAGAUGUCAAAUGUAUACCAGCAGCAAUAUUCAUGUGGGUUUUAGGUAUCUGUAUCAAGUACAAGUGUACUGUUUCUUUUAUUUUAUUUUAUUUUUUUGUUUAUAGAUGUACCGCUGUGUAAUGAUUGUUAUAAACAAAUAAAAAUUGGUUGGUAGUUAUGUUCUUUCA